AAACAAGCCCUUAUCAAGAGUCUAUCUCUCAUUUUGUAGCAGAAAAGGAAAAAGACGCAACGUAGCUGACGCUUGACACAGCCAGCCAGGCUCCUCAAUCUCUCAAUCCCCCUCCUUUUCUUUUCCUUAAAUUCCCAAUUAGGUUUCUUUCAAAUUUUUGCCUUUUCGGAGAGAGAAAGUUGGGAGAUCGUGAAUUUCAAGACCAAAUUUCUGGGCACUCUUUUCGGUCUCAGAAAAGAAUGAGUUCAUUAGAUGCAACUAGAGCAGAACUUGCUCUUGUUGUUUUAUAUUUGAAUAAGGCUGAAGCCAGGGACAAGAUAUGCAGGGCUAUACAAUAUGGUUCAAAAUUCUUAAGUAAUGGAGAGGCUGGUACAGCACAGAAUGUUGACAAGUCAACUAGCCUGGCUAGGAAGGUGUUCCGACUUUUUAAGUUUGUCAAUGAUUUACAUGCUCUUAUUAGCCCAGUUCCUAAAGGCACUCCCCUUCCUCUUGUGUUGCUUGGAAAGUCCAAGAAUGCACUUUUGUCAACUUUCUUAUUCCUCGAUCAAAUUGUCUGGCUUGGCAGAACAGGUAUCUAUAAGAAUAAAGAACGGGCAGAACUAAUUGGGAGAAUGUCACUUUUCUGCUGGAUGGGUUCUUCAAUCUGUACUACCUUGGUUGAGAUUGGAGAGCUUGGAAGGCUUUCUUCAUCAAUUAAGAAAUUAGAAAAGGAUCUUAAAAAUAGUGACAAGAGUCAGAAUGAGCAAUACCGUGCUAAACUUCAAAAGUCAAAUGAAAGGUCUUUAGCCUUGAUUAAGGCGGGUAUGGACAUAGUGGUAGCAGUUGGCCUGCUUCAAUUGGCUCCUAAGAAGGUUACUCCCCGAGUUACAGGGGCAUUUGGAUUCGUCAGUUCUCUGAUCUCAUGUUAUCAGUUGCUUCCAGCACCAGCAAAGUCGAAGGCAUCAUGAGGAGAGAAGCCCUUUUUGCUCAACAAGCUUCCUUGUCAUUUAAAUAAUGAGUUUGAAGCUUUUUAACUUAAAAUCCAUGUUGGUGUAAGCUUCUGAGCAACUUACUAUCUCGUUUUGGGUAACCUUGAAGUCUCUCCCUCCUACAUAGGGCUUUAUUGUCAUAGUUGAUUCUGAACAUUUCAAACAGUAAUAAUAUGUCAUUAUUUGUUAUUGUUAUCA